ACCUAAGGGGUGGGUUCGCUCCUAGUUUGCACAUACUCCACAUUUUGUUCUGCGUUGUCCUAACCAAGCGAGCGCCAGUUCUUCUCGAGACUUGCUAGUCUUCGCACACACUUGACCAUUCCAAUUAGGAGAUAAACCCACCAAUUAUCGGUGUUUGUUCUCAAUCAGAGCCACCAAACUCACCAUGUCCAAGAUUGGAAUCAACGGAUUCGGCCGCAUUGGCCGCCUGGUGCUGCGCGCCGCCCUGAAUGCUGGUGCCCAGGUUGUGGCUGUCAACGACCCCUUCAUCCCCUUGGACUACAUGGUCUACAUGUUCAAGUAUGACUCUACCCACGGCCGCUUCAAGGGAGAAGUCAAGGCUGAGGAUGGUAAUCUCGUCAUCAACGGCCAGAAGAUUGCCGUCUUCCAGGAGCGUGACCCCAAGACCAUCCCCUGGAGCAAGGCUGGCGCUGAGUACAUUGUUGAGUCCACUGGCGUCUUCACCACCAUCGAAAAGGCCUCUGCCCACUUUGAGGGUGGUGCCAAGAAGGUCAUCAUCUCCGCUCCCAGCGCUGAUGCCCCUAUGUUCGUUGUCGGCGUCAACCUGGAAGCCUACGAUCCCAGCAUGAAGGUCAUCUCGAACGCUUCUUGCACCACCAAUUGCCUCGCUCCCCUCGCCAAGGUUAUCAACGACAACUUUGAGAUCGUUGAGGGUCUGAUGACCACUGUUCACGCCAUCACUGCCACCCAGAAGACUGUUGAUGGACCUUCUGGAAAGCUGUGGCGUGAUGGCCGUGGCGCUGCCCAGAACAUCAUUCCCGCCUCUACUGGUGCCGCCAAGGCUGUUGGCAAGGUCAUCCCUGCAUUGAACGGCAAGCUGACCGGCAUGGCCUUCCGCGUGCCCACCCACGACGUCUCCGUUGUUGACCUGACUGUCAGGCUUGGCAAGGAUGCCACCUAUGAUGAGAUCAAGAAGACCGUUAAGGCCGCAGCUGAUGGACCUAUGAAGGGUGUCCUCGAGUACACUGAGGACCAGGUUGUAUCCAGCGACUUUAUUGGCUCCACCUCCUCCUCCAUCUUUGAUGCUGAUGCUGGUAUUCAGCUGAGCCCCAGAUUCGUCAAGCUCAUUGCCUGGUACGACAAUGAGUUCGGCUACUCCACCCGUGUGAUUGACCUCAUCAAGUACAUCCAGUCCAAGGAUGCCUAAAUCAAACACCCAUCAUUUAACACCUAAAAUGAUAUGUUAAAAGAGCAAUUUUGUUGACAAUGAAAAAUUUCAAUGUUUAGCUUCAAGCAUUUAUAGGGUGCAAAGGGUCGGCCCUUUUAAAAGUAUUGGCGCUAUCCUCAAGUCAACUAAAAAUUAAUUAUACUGUUUAAAGAAGUCAAGUUUUGAUGUAGAUCCAAAACAAUAAAAACCCAUUUGAUUGAGAUUACUGGUGAAGAACA